AUGGACGUAGCCAAGACUGUGAAUGUGACGGAGACCUCUAAGGAUAGACCUCGCGUACGUGCUCACCUCCAUUUCGGGCAAUCGGCCUCCCGAUUUCUCAAUCCUGUUGAGCAGACCCAACAGCGCCACACCCUUAGCCCUAUCUCCGAUCUUAAGCUCCGCCUCCACACGCUCUCACUCCUCCGCCCCAGAAACAAACCCAAACCCAAGCAGAAUCUCAACCCCACACCCACCAACUGGAACACCACCCACACCUUCGUCCUCUCCAACCCCAUUCUCCUCCUCCUCGAGACCAAAUGCCGAUCCAUGCCCCACCUCAUGCAGAUCCACGCCCGCAUGACUGUCGCCGGGCUCUCCUCCGACCCGCUCGCCCACAGCCGCCUCGUCGCUUUCUGUGCCCUCUCCCCCACCGGCGAUCUCGAUUACUCCAAACGAUUGUUGAUUUCUACCAACAACCAUAACGCAUUUUCGUGGAACAUCGUCAUUAGAGCCGCCUGCGACGGCCAUAAUCCAGCCCAAGCUUUUCUCCUCUACAAACAGAUGUUGGGUGUUGGUAAUUUCAGAUCUAGGCCCGAUAACUACACUUACCCUUUACUCUUCAAGACCUGCGCCAGGCUGUUGCUUUUAGAUGUGGGUUGUCAGGUUCUUGUCCAUGUACUCAGACUGGGCUUCGAACGCGAUGUAUUCGUGCAUAAUUCUCUGAUUCAUUUUCUCGUCACCUGUGGUGAGUUAGAUGCUGCGGGUAAAGUGUUCGAUGAAAGUCCCGUGAGAGACCUGGUUUCCUGGAACUCUUUGAUUAAUGGCUACGUGAGGUGCAUGAAAGCGAAAGAAGCUCUGGGGAUUUACAAAAAAAUGGAGAUGGAGGGGAAAAUAGAGCCGGACGAGGUCACCCUGAUUGGAGUUCUCAUGGCGUGUGCACAGUUGGAGGAAUCCAAACUAGGCCGAGAAUUUCAUAACUACAUAAAACACAAAGGGCUGAAAAUGACGGUCCCGCUCGCGAAUUCCCUCCUCGACAUGUACGUGAAGUGCGGAGAUCUCGAAGAAGCAAAGAAUUUGUUCGAGAAAAUGGAGGAGGAGAAGAAGACUACGGUGACCUGGACAACAAUGGUAACGGGAUAUGCCAAAUCCGGACACUUAGACAUUGCACGUAAACUAUUCGACAAAAUGCCUGAAAAAGACGUGGUCCCCUGGAAUGCAAUGAUUGGAGCCUAUUCUCGGGCCAACCGGGCCAAAGAGGCCCUGUCCUUAUUCCACGAGAUGCAAGCGGCCCGAAUCGAGCCCGAUGAGGUCACCAUGGUCAGCUGCCUUUCCGCAUGCUCACAGCUUGGUGCCCUUGACCUCGGGAUAUGGGUCCAUAGCUACAUACGAAAAAACAAUCUCUCCAUGAACGUCGUUCUCGGGACAGCCCUAGUUGAUAUGUACGCCAAAUGCGGAAGCAUCACGCGCGCACUCGAGGCUUUCCACGAGAUUUCAGGCAAAAAUUCUCUGACUUACACCGCCAUAAUCUGCGGGCUGGCUUUACAUGGAGAAUCAAAACGGGCCCUUUCUUACUUUACGGAGAUGAUAAAUUUGGGAUUAAUGGCGGACGAGGUGACUUACUUGGGCGUUCUAUCCGCGUGCUGCCAUGGAGGCUUAGUCGAAGAGGGUCGGAAGGUAUUUUCUCGAAUGAGCUCGAAAUACAAAGAAAUGAAACACUAUUCUUGCAUGGUGGACCUUUUUGGCCGUGCGGGCUUGUUGAGUGAAGCUGUGGCGGUGAUCGAGAGCAUGCCUAUGGAGGGAGAUGGCGUGAUAUGGGGAGCUCUGUUUUUUGCGUGCCGAAUGCAUAGAAAUUUGGAGUUGGGAGAAAAAGCGGCGAAAAAGUUGCUGGAGCUUGAUGAGGGUGAUAGUGGGAUAUAUGUUUUGCUGGCGGGAAUGUAUGUGGAGAGAGGUAUGUGGGAGGAGGCUGAGGAGGUAAGGAGGGUUAUGAGGGAGAGAGGGGUUGAUAAGAUGCCCGGGUGCAGCUCGAUUGAGGUUGAUGGGAAUGUGCACGAGUUUGUGGUGAGGGACAGGUGGCAUCCCGAGAGAAGGCCGGUGCAUGAGUGUUUGGUGAGGUUGUCAAGGCAGAUGGAGGUUUUGGAGGAUAGGGCAGAGCUCCAGCUCUAUUCAGCGCCAGUGUACAAAACACAAAACAAGAGUCCUGCAGUUUUCAUUCUAUCUGCAUCAGAUACAAAUGGAAGGGCUGCACGAGUUCAAAUCUAUGGCUUGCUCAAGACCCCAGCAAAAGAUGGGGUGAAAUUUUUUUCCUUCUAUACACUUCCUUUUCGCUCACUCUUUGUCUCGGAAUUGUUGUUCCUUACAAACUUUAUGAGAGUGGGAAUACCUGAUUGUGGACUUAUUUCAGCACUGUCUGCUUUCAUUAUACCUAUAAUUUUUGUUGGAAAGGCAGAUAGCAGCAAGUGUUGGAAGGAUCGUUAUUGGGUAAACGCUAAUCUGUGGAUUAUGCUUUUCAGCUACGUGGGGAAUUACUUCUGGACCCAUUAUUUUUUCUCCGUCUUGGGCGCCUCGUAUACUUUCCCAUCAUGGAAAAUGAAUAACUUUCCUUAUUACGAAUUUGUGGACCGAUCCUCCAUGUACAAAUAUGGCUCCUUGUUCUAUGCCAUUAACUUUGUCAUUAGCUUCCCUAUGUUCUUUAGGAUUGACGAGAAACCUGGUGAUCGGUGGGACCUGCCUAGGGUGGCCAUUGAUGCUUUAGGUGCUGCAAUUGUACUA